CACUACAAUAUGACCACGUUGACAGCUGGCAAUCUGAAAGUAUAGUGUACAUACACACUAGAAUGACAUGUAAAUGUUGGGGUGUUUCGCGAAUACGUGUCUUCAUAACCGGCUGUUUACAGAAAACUAAAGAACAGCUGUGGUUAACGAUUCCUCGAGGCAGAUAUUGAUGUACGAGCGGAAGAUGAUCUAACGUUCGGGUUCGGGAUCCAUCGUGCUCAUGUUCAAUCUAAACAGCGUGUUGUUUUCUAGCGCCGCCGCCGCAGAGACUGUCACAGACAAAACCGAAAUUAACAAUGUAAAUCUACGCGAUGAAUUAAAGCAGGAUGUGGUCAGCAUGGAUCAAAGUAUUCCAAGAACAGGCGAGAACGCACGGGAACUGGGUAUUUCAGUAAUAAGUGAUCUACACGGGCACGAAGUUUGCAGCUUAUCAGCCUCUAGUUACACCGACAGUCUCGAAGCAGACGAACUAUCUCAAACCGGAAGUGACAUAACCGGAACCGAAUCUGAAAAAUGCGCAAAGAAGCGAAGGUCUCGGUUGCCCAUUAUGAAACGUUUAAGCGACACUCCAGACAUCACCAAUAACAACUGUCUCAAAUCCUACUCACAGCAAAAUGGAAGCCCCCAUCACCAGUCGCUUCCAGAGUCUCCCUAUGGAACUCGUUACAUAGCCAGAAGUCAGAGUGUGACCGAACUGUACAGUGGUCGACCCAGGACGGCGAAAGACACAAUAACGAGUCGCAUGCGGUUUGACAAGCACCACAGCGACCACGACCAUCUGUCCACCAGCGAGGAGUAUGCCACUCCCACACAGCGCAAGGAUCAAAUGAUCAAGAGUCUGAAGAAGCAGAUAAAGCAAAUAGAACAAGUGAAAGCAGCCAGUGGGCAGGAAGAGCAAAGUCUGCUGGAGCUGAAAGAAGCAGAGAUCAAGCAAUUGAAAGAAGACCUGGCGACCACCCAGGCCAAAUGUGAAGAACUGACGAAUUCCUACGAAGAAUCGGUGAAAUCUUUGAACACCUUGGAGGAGACACUGGCCCAACUCCGGGAAUCAAUUUCCCAGGAGAAAUCCAAGCAUGAACUGUUGUAUCUAGAGAUGUACAGGAAGGGACAAGAGUCUGCCAGAUUUGAACGAGACGAAGAGUUGGAGAUGCUGGCCACUAGUUCGAAACAUACAAAGGUUUCAGUUAAAGAGGUUGUGCGCAAACUCAGCAGGACCCAAUCAGAACUAGCCAGGUGGCAAUCUCUGAGGCGAGAAGAAAUAUACGCGGAAGCAGACAAACCGGAAACGGAAGCAGACACGAUUCUACGCUUCCUCAAGGACUCGUUCAUCCACUACGUAACAGACGGGAAAGAUUCAGACGAUCACCUUCGAGCCAUUGUUAGAAUCUUUCAUUAUUCUGAUAUACAGAAGAAGAAAAUCGAACUGGCUCAGAAAUCUCGUAAAAAUGGCAAACAUUGAAGUCAGGGUGGCGCGACAAUCGUCCAACUAUUUAAGACAAAGUCACCUGGAUUACGUGACCUACAAUAUACACUGUGUACGUUUCUCUCCCACUGACGCUUGCUACCACAAUCCGUUUUGAACAAAUUUUAAGCAGCUAGCGUUAUCUAUAUAUGAACGAAGUUAUUUUGUCCAAUUUAUGGUUUUAUAAUCUUAGCAUGUACCGAAAUAUCUGUAACAAUAUUUUAUGCAUUUAUAAUUAAUUUAUAUCCGCGGACACAAGGGAUGUCAAGGGACUCUGGAUCCCCUCCCCGCCUUUUCGUGCUGGGGUGUCGUUAAACAUCUGUUCUAUUAGAACUAUUCCAUCCCCCUGACGAAAACAUGUACAUAUCUUAAAGUGUGUUUCCCGCUAAUAUAUACAACUUCCAUUUAAGUAUUUGCAUGUAGACGCUUACAAAAAACCCACAAUUCUAUAUGUGCGCCUAGUAACAUGUGAGAUAUACUAGUAAUCACUAUGUAGUUGGUUGAAUUAAGUGCAUUUCUGAACAUAUUAGAUGUUUAUGUUUAGGCAAUUGAACAUAUCAUUUGACAAUGCCAAAUUUAUGGUGUCUUUGGUUCAAUGUGUUACACAGUAAUAUGAACAGUGAAUAUAUACAUAUUAUGUACAUAGACCUAUAUAAAUUAUUGCAUGAACGGGAGUGCUAUGCGGAAUUUAUGAAACGAGUUUGGGAAUUUUUAAUACUCCGAUAAUGUUUGCAUUUUUAGUAGGACAAGAGAUUGUAUUGGUUAUAUCCUGGAAAAUCAGUCGGCACUUUCUAAAUAUUUGUAUAUAAUAUGAGAGAGAGAGAGAGAGAGAGAGAGAGAGAGAGAGAGAGAGAGAGAGAGAGAGAGAGAGAGAGAGAGGAGAGA